ACGAGAAGACGUUUAGCUACCCUGGAAGCUGUUUAAAUCCGGCCAUCAUCAGCUCUGGACAGCGGGGCUUUUAGUCAGACUCAGGAAGUCAUUCCAAUAUCCUCUUUGCCGUCGGUAUCGAGCUCAAAUACUUCUGAUUGCCCCGCCGCAAGGAAAUUCCGCCUAGCAUGGCUGCGCUUCGGCCGUUUCACCCUCUCGAUUUAUUCAAGUUCAAUCACACAAAUCUUGAUCCAUUGACCGAAAACUAUGGCAUCGACUUUUACUUUUCAUAUCUGGCAAAAUGGCCGUCACUUUUCAAUGUCAUUGAAGGUGCCGAUGGAAAGAUAAAUGCAUACAUGAUGGGCAAGCUGGAGUCCAGUCCACCGGCAUACCAACAUUCAGAGCACGCUCUCCCUUGGCACGCUCAUAUUACCGCCUUGACUGUCGCGCCAUCAGCGCGACGACUCGGUCUUGCGCAAAGACUGACUUCUAGCCUUGAAAAGGCUGGAGACGAAUAUAACGCGUGGUUUGUCGACUUGUUCGUGCGGGAAAGCAAUCAGGUUGCGCAAUCAUUAUAUAAGGGCAUGGGAUACAGCGUGUUCCGGCGAGUAGUUGGCUAUUACAGCGACAAUCCAACAGGGAAGUCUGAUAGUGAGGAUUCAUUUGACAUGCGAAAACCUCUGAAGCGGGAUAAGAAGCGGGAACAUAUACGGGAGAACGGAGAGAACUUCCCAGUCCCUCCAGACUUUAUUUUCUAGUCUUUUAAGCCUUUGCAAUACUAUUUUUCAGGGACGGUUCAUUUGUUGGAAUAAUAAGAUGUACCUUCAUCACCAAUGCAAAUGACGGAGGC